ACUUCCCCGUCAGCUUCAGUCAGCAGAACACUUGGCCUUUCAGUUCUAUACAUACAUCCUCUCUUCUCCAAAUUAUUCAUUCUUCUUCUCCAUGGCUCCCCUCUACAUACUACUCGGUCUUCUCCUAUUGCACACUGCUCCUUGGUGCUUCUCUGCAGCUGUAGAUGAGGACACUCUCAUGGCAGGCCAAGCGCUCGCCGUUGGUGACAAGCUCGUCUCCAGGAACGGCAAGUUCGCCCUUGGCUUCUUCCAGCCAGCAGCAAGCAGCAGUAUCAGUAAGUCGUCCCGCAACGCCACCUCCUCAAGAUCCAGCUGGUACCUUGGCAUAUGGUUUAAUAAAAUCCCAGUUUUGACUACCGUGUGGAUCGCUAAUAGAGAGGAGCCCAUCACCCACCCCAACCUCAACUCAGCACAGCUCAAGAUCUCAAACGAUGGCAAUCUUGCCAUCGUAGUAAACCAUGGUAGCAACACUCAAUCUAUAGUUUGGUCCACUCAUAUUGUCAAUAAUAGGACACACAACAGCCUAAACAUCACUAGCGCUGCCGUUCUCUUGAAUAGUGGAAACCUUGUCCUCAAAGAGAGCCCAUCAUCUGACUUAUCGGUGUGGCAGAGCUUCGACAACCCAACAGAUGUUUGGCUUGCUGGUGCCAAGUUUGGCAGGAACAAGGUCACCGGUUUUAGUCGUUAUGGGAUCUCAAAGAAGAGCCUCAUUGAUCCAGGUCUCGGCUCAUACAGUAUUGAACUAGAAGGCACCAGGGGGAUUGUCCUUAAGCACCGUAACCCCUCCAUAGAAUACUGGCUUUAUGCAUCCUCCACAGCAGCAUCGUUGGUACCAGUAGUCAAUUCAUUGCUAAGUUUGGAUCCUCGGACUAAAGGUUUAUAUAACCUAGUAUAUGUCAAUGAUGACCAAGAAGAGUACUACAUGUAUACUUCACAUGAUGAAUCAUCUUCCAUGUUUGUCUCACUAGACAUCUCUGGUCAGAUAAAGUUGAAUCUUUGGUCCCAAGCAAAUCAGUCUUGGCAAACAAUAUAUGCCCAGCCUGAUGAUCCCUGCGAUCCACCUGCUGCCUGUGGACCUUUCGCGGUAUGCAGAGGCAAGCCGCAUCCAUCAUGUGACUGUAUGGAGAGCUUCUCUAAGAAGUCACCGCAUGAUUGGGAGUUUGAGGAUCGAAUAGGAGGAUGCAUCAGGAAUACACCAUUACAUUGCACUACUUCAAAGAACAUCACAAGUUCAACAGACAUUUUCCAUCCCAUUGCUCAAGUUACACUGCCCUACAACCCACAAAGCAUAGCUGUUGCCACCACUCAGAGCAAAUGCGAAGAAGCUUGUCUCAGUUCAUGUUCCUGCACUGCUUAUUCCUAUAAAAAUAACAGAUGCUCUGUCUGGAAUGGAGAAUUGCUUAGUGUAAAUCUGGAUGAUGGCAUCGAUAACACUUCCAAAGAUGUUCUUUAUCUCCGCCUUGCUGCCAAAGAUUUCUCGGCAAAUUUAAGAAAAAAGAAAAGAAAACCAAAUGUUGGCGUUGUUACUGCUGCAAGCAUUAUUGUUGUUGUGUUACUAAUGCUCAUGCUGUUGCUACUGAUUUGGAGGAAUAAAUGCAAGUGGUGCGGUUUGCUGCCAAUAUAUUCUGACAAUCAAGGGAGUGCUGGUAGGAUUGUAGCCUUUAGAUACACUGAUUUAGUUCGUGCUACUAAAAAAUUCUCAGAAAAGCUGGGAGGAGGUGGUUUUGGUUCAGUAUACAAGGGAGUGUUAAGUGACUCAAAGACUACUAUAGCAGUCAAAAGGCUUGAUGGUGCCCAUCAAGGAGAGAAGCAAUUCAGGGCUGAGGUGAGCUCAGUUGGACUAAUCCAACAUAUCAACCUAGUAAAAUUGAUUGGUUUCUGCUGUGAAGGUGAUCACAGAUUACUUGUGUAUGAACACAUGUUAAAUGGGUCUCUUGAUAGUCAUCUAUUUAAAAAGAGAAAUGCUGCUGCUUCUGCUGCUGUUCUAAAUUGGAACACUAGAUAUCAAAUAGCCCUAGGAGUUGCCAAAGGAUUGUCCUACUUGCAUCAAAGUUGCCACAAAUGCAUCAUACACUGUGAUAUUAAGCCAGAGAACAUACUUCUGGAUGCAUCAUUUGUUCCUAAAGUUGCAGACUUUGGGCUGGCAGCGUUUGUGGGAAGGGAUUUUAGCCGAAUUCUGACUUCAUUCAGAGGAACUACAGGUUAUCUUGCCCCAGAGUGGCUUAGCGGAGUUGCGGUCACACCAAAAAUUGAUGUUUAUGGCUUUGGCAUGUUGCUGCUGGAAAUCAUAUCAGGAAGGAGGAAUUCGUCACCUGAGACAUCACACUACACCAAUAGCAGCAGCAAUGUGGACCAGCAUGUUGGAUAUUUCCCUGUGCAAACCAUCAGCAAGCUUCACAGCGGAGAUGUAAAGAGUUUGGUGGAUCCACAGUUACAUGGUGACUUCAAUUUGGAAGAGGCUGAAAGGGUUUGCAAAGUUGCAUGCUGGUGCAUCCAAGAUAAUGAGUUUGAUCGGCCGGCGAUGGGUGAAGUGGUCCAGGUUCUCGAGGGCCUACGGGAGAUUGAUGUGCCGCCGAUGCCAAGACUACUUGCAGCUCUAACGGAACAGUCUGGUGCUGCAACUUUAAUGUAAUAAUAUUUUGCAGUCGAUAUUACUAGUCUUGUUAAGUUCAGCAAUUUUAGUCAAGUUGUAAUGUGUAGAGGAAGGAAUGAAGGAAGCAAGUUUUCUGUUACUAAUUAGUUGUCUCUUAUUUAAGUUUUGUAGUGCCAGUUAUACUCGCAGAUUAUGGCAGAUAUAGAAAUGUGUGUGUUGUUCUGUUCU